GACGAAAUGGUGUCCGUCCAACUUCCCAAACCCAACACACCCAACACCAGACAAUUAUUUAAUAUUUAUUUACUAUUACGCUGCGUAAGUAAGCUUGUGGAGGGUCGGUCGUUUAAUUAGACAUCGAGUCAACCCAUCAACGUUUUCUCGGGAAGAAGGCGGAGCAGUGUUUCACUUCCAAGACCCAGAUCUCCAGGACUGGACUUGAGACCCCCGACCCCGUUAAUCAGCCGCCGCUGCUUACUGUACUUGUACUCCGUACUGUACGUACUGUCCUGUGUACUUGGCGGCUUUCCCCCCUCUGCUUUUCUUGCUGCGAAACAACCAACAACAACACCAACCCCCUCCGCUCUAUACAAGUCCAGCAGCAGUCAUUUUACCCGGUAGCUCCAUACUCCCGGGGAGCACUCUGCUUCACUUUCCAUCCUCUCCCUCUGUUAUCAGUCGGGCCGUCUAAUUCUGUCCCGUCCUUCUCUAGACAUUGUGCCGUCCAAGGCUCAUUACCUCAUUUAGACCCCUAGAUCCAAAAUACCGCGUCCCCUUAGUCUACAAAUAUAUACACCCUUUGACCUCUCCUCUCUCCUAACUUCCCCCUAUUUAUCCCUUACAGGCGAUAGAACUCUCUUCGCACUGAUAACCGCUCACCUUGCUAGCCCUUGGAAUUCUCCUGUCCUUCAUCGCACUUCGUCUUCGCCUUGACUCCCCAAGGUUCAUCAUCAUGGCGUGGAAACUUACAAAGAAGCUUAAGGAGACACAUCUUGCCCCGUUAGCCGAUUCUUUUGGCAGGUCAUCGUCGACGUCUACCAUUAAGCCCGAUGCUGCUACCACGGAAGAAAAUGGCAGUGCAUCUCCAAGUCCCGCCGCCCUUUCUCCAAACUCAAACGGCAUUGCUGCUUCAGAGGCUCUAGUGUCACCUCCCGUUGCUCCAGCUAAGCCCGGUAUUCUCAUCAUUACGUUACACGAGGGGAAGGGCUUCUCACUCUCGCCUCACUACCAGCAGGUGUUCAAUGCACAUUUCCAAAACUCGAUCUCAGGCAACAGUAGCUUCGCUGGACCACCCUCCAUCAGACCCAACUCAUCCUCAUCUCAUUCCACCCAGGGAACAGUUACUAGUUCCUAUGCGCAGUCCAACCGACCUCAGUCGACGAGCGGCGGGAUCAAUGCUGCACCUACAAUCCAUGGUCGAUAUUCCGCCAAAUACCUUCCCUAUGCUCUUCUGGAUUUUGACAAGCAGCAGGUUUUCGUUGAUGCUGUAUCAGGUACUCCGGAGAAUCCUCUUUGGGCAGGCGAUAACACCUCUUUCAAGUUCGAUGUCUCUCGUGUGACUGAUCUCAACAUUCAACUCUAUCUGCGAAACCCUGCUGCCAGACCAGGUGCUGGCAGAAGUGAGGAUAUUUUUUUGGGUGCCUGCAGAAUUAACCCGAGAUUUGAAGAAGCCCGUCCUUUCGUGGAGGAUCCCAAGUUGAGUAAGAAAGACCGCGAAAAGGCAGCCGCAGCCCAUGCAGAACAGGAGCGUCAAAUGGGACAGUCUGGCACGGAAUGGACAAACUUGCAAUUCGGUACAGGAGCCAUCAAAAUUGGUGUGUCGUUUGUUGAAAACCGUCAGAAGAGUCUCAAAAUGGAAGAUUUUGAACUUUUGAAAGUCGUCGGUAGAGGCAGUUUUGGAAGGGUCAUACAAGUUAUGAAACGUGAUACUGGCCGUAUCUAUGCAAUGAAAACUCUUCGCAAAGCCCAUAUCAUUUCUCGAUCCGAAGUGGCGCAUACACUGGCUGAGAGAUCAGUGCUUUCCCAAAUUAACAAUCCUUUCAUCGUUCCUCUCAAAUUCUCAUUCCAAUCCCCAGAGAAGCUAUAUCUUGUUUUGGCCUUCGUAAACGGUGGUGAAUUGUUCCACCACCUCCAAAAGGAGCAGCGUUUCGAUAUCAACAGGGCCCGCUUUUACACAGCAGAAUUGAUCUGUGCGCUGGAGUGCCUACACGGGUUUAAAGUCAUCUAUCGUGACCUUAAGCCAGAAAAUAUUCUGUUGGAUUAUACUGGCCACAUUGCCCUGUGCGACUUUGGAUUGUGUAAGCUUGAUAUGGAAGAUGAAGACCGGACGAAUACAUUCUGUGGCACACCCGAAUAUCUCGCCCCUGAGCUCCUGCUUGCCGAGGGAUACACAAAGGCUGUGGAUUGGUGGACACUCGGAGUUCUCCUGUACGAGAUGUUAACGGGACUUCCACCAUUUUACGAUGAGAACACGAAUGAGAUGUACCGGAAGAUCCUCCAAGAGCCACUUACUUUCCCAAGCCAGGAUAUUGUUCCGGGUGCGGCGAGGGACCUUCUUACUAGACUACUCGAGCGUGAUCCGAACCGUCGUCUUGGAGCAAACGGUGCCGCUGAAAUCAAAGCACAUCACUUCUUCUCCAACAUUGAUUGGCGCAAGUUGCUUCAGAGAAAAUAUGAGCCGAGCUUCCGCCCUGAUGUGGUUGAUGCCCGUGACACCAAGAAUUUCGAUCGCGAAUUCACGUCCGAAGCUCCUGUAGACUCGUACGUCGAGGGUCCUGUUCUAUCUCAAACCAUGCAACGACAGUUCGAAGGCUGGUCCUACAAUCGCCCCGUUGCUGGCCUCGGCGAUGCUGGAGGGAGCGUGAAGGACCCAUCUUUCGGAAGUAUCCCUGAAUAAUCGUUCCCCUGUUUUCAACUCCGAUGUUGACCUGAUGGAAGAACAAGAGAUCUUCAACUAUCUGUUUUCUUUAACCUCCGUCUUCUCGCCCCGUGUUCUUUUGACUCUGGAAGUUCAAACACAGUUUAACGAAUCUCUUAUGAUUUUGCUUUGACUGGAUUGUUUUCACUCGUUAUCCUGUUUCUUACUACUCGCCCCCUGUUCAUGUCUGUUUUACUUCAAUUUUUCCUUUGCAGUGUUCAUUCGCCCAACUAUUUUCCAUUUCUGUUCUUAUUUCUUUUUUUCAUUUUCAUUUUUUUCUUCUACUUUCUUGAUUGUCCCCUCAUUGCGCGGAAAGUACCUAUCAGUUUCCUCUUGUUUUACUUUCAAUUUCACUUUUCAUACUUCGUUAUUUCGUUUCAUUUCAAAUCCGAAUAUCUAGAUUUCUAGAUCUCCCUUCCUUUUCAUAACCCUGAUAUCUCUCACUCCUCCGUGUGUUUGCCGCAAUAUACAUACAAGUGGCAGACACCUCCAUUCACGUUUUAUCUCUCUCUCUUUUUUACUUUUUUGUCCCAAGAUUUUUUUUUUUCAAGUUUUUUUGAUUUAUCCUGCAACACACAAGGCGGUCGAGCGAGUUGUGUUCACACAUCUAUUUGUUUGAGAUCUCUUUUGUUGUCUAUUUGCUUUUUCUUUUCUUCUUUUCUUUCUAGUAGGUGUGUUAGACACAAUAUACCACAAUUAAACCAGAAAACUUAAGUCAAAUUGACUUAUAUAUUCUGUGAAUAUAUUUUCAAUGUCAGAUAGAUACCAUUUUCUGCGUCUGUCUGUCUUUUCUUUUUUUUUCCUUUUUUUUUUUUUUCAUUCCCUCUUCUCCUGGUUUUAUCUGGUCUGGUCUGUCUCCAUACUAUCUUUUUUCCUUUCACCAACUUAUUUUCCUUUCUCGUUAGCGAAAAGGAAUGUUAAAUAAAAUAUAAAAUAAAGAGUCAGACGUCAAGUUCCAACAUAUGUAUGUAUAUCUCAAGACAUAGAUCACCCACUUUACUUAGUCUCAGAGAAGGUGUAGAAGAAAGCCCCCAACCGCCUCAUGGCCACGUCACUCCCUGGCAUAUACAAUGUUAACGUGUCCAUCGCAAUAGGGCGUUCAC